GUUCGACGGCCGUCUUGAGUCCAGACCAGGACCAGGACCAGGACCAGGACCAGGACCAGACCGACCACAAGGGAGGGCGGUGAAAUCAGACUGGGUGCCAAACUGAGCUGUAGAAGAAAGAGAAGAAGGAGCAGAAGAGGAAGAAGAAGAAGAGGGGGAGUGUAGGAGGAAGAGGAAGAGGAGGAGGGGGCGGAGCCAUGUCGGCCUCGUGGCGUGAUGAUGAUGAAGAGUUCAGGAUGGGAGGAGUUAAAGGAGGACUGAAAGCCAAACCCAGGUUCUCCUUCACGGAGGUCAAACUGCUGCUGGAGGCGGUGAAGAGGAACCGAUACAUCAUCCUCAGGAAGUUUAACCAAGGCGUGUCGGCUGAGACCAAGAAGCAGACGUGGGCAGAGAUCACGGAUCAGAUCAACGGUCUGGGAGAAAACCACCGAGAGGUGCGUCAGAUCAUGAAGAAAUGGGCGGACCUGAAGUGUGACGGGAAGCGGCGCGUUGCGGCUCUGCGAGGUCCGAACGGCAGCAACGUGAGGAAGAAGAACAUGGGACCCGUUGAGAGGAUGGUCCAUAAAAUACUGAUGAUGAGUCCGAGAGGAGACGGCGACAGUGAUCCAGAUUUAGACGAUGAAGACUUCUCUAAGUUCUGCAGUAAAGGUCCGCCGUCGAAUCCUUCUCCGUACUCCUACCUCAGCCUGACGGACAGCUCCCACUCUUUACCUGGAGGAGCCUCUCUGGACAUAUCUCCUCUCUCUUCACCAGAGAAAGAACCCAGCGGCGAUCCUUUCCAUUCGUCCUCUGACUUUGACUUAGACGUGGCAGACGACGGAGAACUCGGCGGCGACUACGACGAGAACGACUCCAUGUUCUCCUCCUACCACUCCCCCGUCCCCCCGCCCUCCUCCACCUCCUUAGACCCUCUGCCCGACGACGCUCUGCUGAGGUCCUCCUCCUCCUCUUCCUCUGCUAAACCUCCACCUGGACCCUCCCCCACCUCCACCUCCACCUCCUCCUCCUCCUCUUCUGGAGCUUCAACCUCCGACGCCCCCCCACCUCCACCACCACCACCUCCUCCUCUUCCUCUUACAAACUCCCAACCUACUGCAUCUUCCAAUCCUCCUGCUCCUCCUCCUCCUCCUCCUCCUCCCAAGCGCUCCUCCCCCUCCGACCCCUCCGACCCGCUCCCGGCCGGCGCCUCCUCCUCCUCCCACAGGGACAGCGUGGCCCAGCUGUCGUCUCAGAGCUUGCAGCAGCAGAGGGCGAGCCGGAUGCUGCUCACCUCCGUGUCUCAGUCUCUGGAGGUGCUGGCCCAGUCGGUGCAGCUGCUGGUGGAGAGUCAGCAGGAGUUCGUGCAGGAGUCGUUGCUCCUUCAGAGGGAGACCGUCGAUAUUCUCCGGGAUUUCUCCGGCACGGCUUUGGCGAUGCUGAGGGAUAAAUCUGGCGGAGGAGGAGGUGGAGGCCUCUGUGCUGAAGACGAACACGAUUCAACAGCUGAUGAUUACAGGUUGGUGGGAGGAGCGAGCUCGUGUGCCGGCAGACUGGAGAUGAAACGUGGAGGAGAGUGGGAACCAGCGGACGACAAGCACUUUGACCGGAACCUGACAGCUGCAGAUGUGGUGUGCCGACAGCUGGACUGUGGCCCAGUUGUUUCAAUACGAAGAACAAAGGAUUCCCGUUUUAUAUCGGACACCAUAUCUGGCUUUGUAAAGUUUUCCUCAGUCUUUGAUAAAGGAUCUCCCGUCCUUGAGAUCAGCUGUUCAGGUCAGUGUCAUUACUAG